GAAACCCACAGUGGCGUCAGAGCGGGGACGGCGGAGGGUUGUGUUGAGCAGCGCGGUGAGUCGCCUGAGAAAGUGGGCCGUGUUGGGCGCGAGCAGGUGUGUGGAAACAUGAUCUGGGACUGGCCGCAUGCACGGGCUGCCGAACACCCACCUGUCUAUUUCUGAGUCCCGCGGCCCGGCGUCUAUUCUUAGCCAUGGGCAGUAGUGGGCAAGAGGAAGCCCCGGGGAUAUUUUGGGCAUGGGUAGAGGCAGCCAGCGGCAACAUGGCGCUGGCUCUGACUACCUUAGUGGAACAAGUGCAGUCGUGGGCGAAGGGUGUGGGUGUGGGCGGCCUGCUCACCCUCCAGCCCGUCAUGGAUACCCUCGGGACACUACUGGUGGGGUGGAUGAUAUUUGUCACCCUUAUCCUCAUCCUGGGCACAUUUUUCUACUUCAAGUUCAUCCAUCACCUGGAAAAUGAAGGCACUGACACUACUACCUCUCAGGGGCGCGGGGAGGACAAGGGCGGGGCCACAACCUCGGGGGCCGCCACCCAGGGGAAGGCGAAGGCUAUCAGGAAAGAGGAACAGGCUCGAAAACCAACAAUAGUGCCUGACGGUAAGCCUGAGCCUGUGUCCGCCCCCGUGGCCACCGGCGCUGACCCUGACGCGGUGAAGUGGGCUUGUAAUGUGUUCACUUGGCUUUAUAACAGUGCUGAGGGCGGCAAGGUUGUCAACAAGAUCUGGCUGGACACACUUAACGAGAACACCGUCAAGACAGCCAUUGAAACUGGCAUCCUGAUUGAGGUGGUGGAACUGAUGAAGCAAACCCCGGGGCCGGUCCUCUCCAACAUGGUAGUGGACUGCUCCCCCACAGACAACGUGACUAUAACCUGCGACUGUGAUGCCACGCUGUACCUCCGCAUCAUCACCACACGCACCCAAGGCGACCAGACCACGGAGAGCGAGUACGCGUGCGCCGUGAAGCCCCUGCGCGGGAGGCUCAACAUUGCAUCGGUCACGGCAGAGCUCCUCGCCGUGGCCAAAUUUGAUGGAUGGCCUGAGGUCUCCCUCACAUUGGAGGGAAUUCGAAACAAUUCGACGGGAAACGAGCAGCAGAUGCUGGACGUGAUCAACGAAGUCGUCUCAUCAGCGCUGCGUAACUCAGUCCUCGAGUUCAACUUCCAGCCGAACCAGACAUUUCCGAGAUUCCGACGAGCCCGACAGGUUCCCGAUCCCAUCAUCCCUGUGGGCUACGACUCUAUGGUACGUGAGAAGCAGACUCAUCCACCCUCAGUACCUCGUAAGACCCCCAAAGCAGACUUUGUCCCUCUUCACAAUGAGAAAAUAGAGCCAGCCGGGGAGUCCUUCACGGCCCUCACCUUCUCUAAUCUCACGUCAAGUGAAGAGCAGCUCAUAGCAAGAAACCUCAACAAAUACCCAUCUCUGGAGAAUGCAGACAUGGCACCUGAAGAAAUAGAAGAGUUUUGCAAGACUUGGCAGGAAAACUAUGUGCCGGCCAAGGACAUCCCUCCUCCUGCUGACAACACAGUGGAAGAGGAGCCUCCACUAUCACCCACUGCUGGCAUCAACACUGACUACCAGCAGGAGAGUGAAGCCAAAACACAGAACUUUGUCCUCAUGGUCUCCAGCAGAUCAAAGCUCAUUGAUGAACCCAGGAACAUCUUGCCGCUUCACAACGACAUCCCUGCCGACGAGGUGAAUGGGGAGGAGGAGGAGGAGGAGCUGGCAGAUAUGAUACCGCAAAGACCCAGAGACGAGCCUUGCCUGAGGAAGGAGACAGGCAGCCCGCUCCUCCUGGGGACGCCGAGGCAGGACAGCCUUGGUGACGCGGAAGACGAUGAUUUUGAAGACGCGAAGCUACAGUUUGAUAGGCUGGAAAUCCUUGACAAACCCCAGAUUAGCGGCGCACUGGGGCUCGGACCACUCCAAAAGGCACCUUUCACCACGACCUCUCACUCCACCACCAGCCAGCCCAUGGGCAUUCCAGGGCUCAAUGGCAAACGGCUCCUGGUCAAGAUCGUGAAGGCAAUGGGCGUGGGCUGCGAAAAGCCCGUGCUUGAGGCCUACUCGGUGGUGGAGAUGGACGAACCACCGCAGAAAUUCACGACAUCGGUGGUCAAGGACACCAACUCCCCCUUCUGGGAUGAACAGUUCCUCUUUGACUUGAGUGGUGGUACUUUGGAGCUUCUCUUUGAGCUUUACGACAAGUCCAACGGCACCUUCCUGGGGCUGGGCAUUGUGGGGAUUGAGGAGCUGGUGGCCACGCCCUCCCAGCGGCAGAUCAUCCCACUGCAGUCCAGGCCGUACGAGAACGAUGAGGUGUCUGGAUCUCUGACUGUGGAGUUCCUCUUCCUGGACCGAGCUGAUCUGCCAGAGCACACACUACGAGCCAGCACCACCAGCAAGAGUGUCACACCGCGGGGAGACCUCAUCACCACCACCACCACCACCUACAUCAAGGCUCCGGAGGCCCAAGGUGCCGCUGGGAGGGGGAGUCCCGGGGCGUACCGAAGGAGAGAGUCCUAUCGAAAGGCCAACAACAUUCGAUCAGAUCCCCCCAUUGCAGACGUUGUGGUCAAUGGAGGUGACGGCGUGGCGGCCGCUGCCAUCCGGGACAUCGAGGAGAAAGCAGUGGUGGCCAACAAUGCCAGCAAGUCCACUAUGAUCAUCCACGCCUCAAAGAAGGAAGCAACCAAGAAAGUCAUUCAGGUCCAACGCGCACCCAGUGGAGAGUACGAGGAGGUGCUCUUGCAGCCUGACCAGGAUGGGCAAGGCUACAUGGACGACCUGUACAACCUCACAAUGACGGCCACCACCACCGGCACUCCCACCAUCACCACCACAGGCGCCAGCACUGCAGCGUCCAGCAGCACCACCACCACCACCGCUGCCACAUACUCUGUGCCACCCUCCACUGCAGCGAGCACCACAGAGACUGCAGAAGAUGAAGAGCGAGGGAGGAGCAGAGGUGUGCGGCGUAAGAGAGACUCCUUCUUUGGAACUCUAAAGAAGAGAUUCAGCCGAUCCAAAGUGCGCUCCAAAAGUAUGGAUCCCGGCGCGAGAGAUUCAUCGCUGGAGCGAGAUCCAUCGGUAGGACGCUCCAUCUCCAUGGAACGCUCCUCCAAUCUCAACAGAGCCUCGGUCCCAGAUGAGGCCCAACCUGGCACACCCUCCACCCAGGACAGUGCUGAGCCAAUUUUAAGAAAGGAAUAUCAGGUGACCUACAAAAUUAAAAGUGCUUUCCGACGUUUCUUCACCAUAAAGAGGCGCAAAAACACCCCCGCCCACUACCUCUACCUCUUACAUGCCCAACGGCUGCUAUCAGUGCCAUCCGGGGCCGGAGGUGACGCGGGCUCCACUCGGUCGUCCUUGAGUGACGCCUCGGCCAUCAGUGGGUCCUCCACACGCACCUACGUCAACGAGGCGUCCACACUCAUCAUCGAGACCAGCGAGAAUGGAGUAUUCAAGCACUACCUCAUCCCUUUAUCACUGCAGCAGAAGAGCAAAUGGAGGAAGAAAGGCUUGAAGCUCCACGUAUUUGGGGAACACACCUUCAUAGCCAAGCACAUGUCCAGCUCAACGCAGUGUGAGGUGUGCCAGAAGACCUUAGGGCGGAGAUUCGGCAAGCAGGGUUACAUAUGCCGGGACUGUGGCUACAAGUGUCACAAGCCGUGCCACGUCAAGACAGAGAUCACCUGCCCGAACUCCACUGUCAACAACAUGGAUCUCGUGACUGUUGGAGACGAGAGCAGGGAUGUCUUUGCCGGGAAGCGUCUUAGGUGUUCCCAGACCCUUACAGGCUCUUCUUACAAAUCCCUUCCCACUAUUGUUGAAAACUCAGUCACUGAUGCUCCUAAAUGUGAUCCUUCUCUUAACCCAAAAAAUGGAGCCCCUUCUCUGGACCCCAAACCAGAAGAAGGUGGCAGUAACACCAGUAAUAACCAGACCAGUUAUAUGGCCAAGGUGCAACGUUCAGUUUCCUUUGGUCAGGAGAGAGUCAGGCCCAUAAUCACUAUUCACAGUGAAAGGCUGGACUCUGCACUACUCCCCCCUCCAUCACCGUCACAUCCCCCUGCCUCCCCUGCAGUGAUGGAUAUCCUCCUGCCUGUUCUUAAAGUGGAGAGUUGUGAGAAUGAUGCAAUGCAGCAGAGAUGAGGCUAAAAACUUUUAUAUUAAACUAGAAAAGUUUUGUUAGCCAUGAAGUUAACCAAUAUACUUUUGUUGUUGUUACCUAUGAAUUAUAGCUUUUCUUUUCUAUUAGUUUAAAUUUCUCUUGGCCAUGAAUAACCACAGAAAUCCUUUCAUCUCCUCCCUCUUUAUCCUCAGACUGAGAAUAUCUUGAAAAUAUGAUCAGCUUUACCGCUUACUGUCUCCUUUUACUCUCACACUGCCACUCCUUUCUCCUUUUUUGGCUCCUAGGUCUGCCCUUCCUUCAUUUCCUCAUCCCACUUUCAUGGCUAAGCUGUAAAGUAGCAAAAAGGAAUAAAAUAUAUAUUAUUGUUCACUUUAUAAAUGUUUCUCAGGCCACAAGGUCUUCAUGUUGUGUAGCUGAAAUUAAUGUUUUAUAUAAUUUAUAUAUGUUUUGCAGCACUUUUAUAUUCAGACAUAACAUUUGAGUGAAGCUUAAAGUAGGUGCAGUAAGUGAGCUAUGAUAGAGCUGUAGUAGAGAGUAAGAUGUUCAGGAUGUGUGGAGAAUGACAAAAAAAUAAAAAGUUGAUAUUUUGGGAGGUGACUAAUCAGUGAAGAAUAAUGUAGUAAGUCACUCAUUAAUAGUACAAGAAAAUAGCAUGUAUUACUAUUAUGCAAGUUUGCUGUGUGAUAAUAGAAUAGUAACACACCUCACCAAAGUAGGUUUGUGUAUAAGAAUGUGCAAAAAUCAUACCGGGAAUUUUACGUUGCAUUGUGUUGAUAUGUUUUGACUCAGGCAUAGAACAUGGGAAUGCUGUGAGUGACAGGUUAAGUGUUCUUGUGAGAGAGCUUAAAGGCUUCUGUGAUUAAGGACUAAUAUCUGUAAUGCUGAUGGAUUACUAGGGAUAAACAAGGCUAUAUUUGAUAAUACUGCAUCUGUGUCAAGUGCAAUUAUACAUUCAGCAAAAC